AACACCUCUUUAAUUUGAAGUUUGCUGCAAAGGAACUCAACAGGAACUCAAAAAAAUGUGACAAAGAAGAAAAGGCUGAGAAAGCUAAAAUUAAGAAGGCAAUUCAGAAGGGUAACAUGGAAGUCGCACGAAUACAUGCGGAAAAUGCGAUCCGCCAGAAGAACCAAGCCAUCAAUUUCUUGCGCAUGAGUGCCAGGGUCGAUGCUGUAGCAGCCAGAGUUCAGACCGCAGUAACAAUGGGCAAGGUAACAAAGUCGAUGGCAGGGGUGGUUAAGUCUAUGGAUGCCACGCUGAAGAGCAUGAACUUGGAAAAGAUAUCUGCACUAAUGGAUAAAUUUGAGCAUCAGUUUGAAACACUAGAUGUUCAGACACAACAGAUGGAAGACACGAUGAGCAACACUACUACGCUAACAACGCCACAAAACCAAGUGGAUAUGCUUCUACAGGAAAUGGCAGAUGAAGCAGGUCUUGAUCUGAACAUGGAACUACCUCAAGGACAGACGGGUUCUGUUGGUACAAGCGUUGCCUCAGCAGAACAGGACGAGCUGUCACAGAGACUGGCCCGCCUACGUGAUCAAGUUUAAGUUAAACAAAGCUGCAGUUCUUUGUACAUGCUUUCACAGUACCCUUUCUGUAACUACCCCUUCACUACACUAGAAAGGCCUAUACAGUAUGGCUUGGGUGUUUGGAUAUUUGUAAUAUAGGGUACUUCACUCCUAGCUUGCUGC